AUGGCGUCCGGCGCAAGCGGGUCGUACAACAACCCCCUCAAGAAGUUCAAGCUUGUCUUCUUGGGCGAACAGAGUGUGGGGAAAACGUCUCUCAUUACUCGGUUCAUGUACGAUUCAUUCGACAACAUGUAUCAAGCGACCAUCGGAAUCGACUUUCUCUCCAAGACCAUGUACCUCGAAGACCGCACCGUCAGACUACAGCUUUGGGAUACCGCCGGUCAAGAACGCUUCCGUAGUUUGAUCCCUUCGUAUAUCCGCGACUCGAGCGUUGCCGUUGUUGUAUACGACAUCUCAAAUGCGAAGUCUUUCCAGAACACAAAGAAGUGGAUAGACGAUGUGCGAGCCGAAAGAGGAAACGACGUGAUCAUUGUCCUCGUUGGCAACAAGACGGAUUUGAACGACAAGAGAGAGGUGACGACGCAGCAGGGCGAAGAGGAGGCUAAGAAGAACAACCUUAUGUUUGUGGAGACCAGCGCGAAGCUGGGCCACAACGUCAAGACGUUGUUCAAAAGAAUAGCGCAGGCUCUUCCCGGUAUGGAAGGAACAGACGCCGCAGCGCAGGCCUCUAGCCAAAUGAUUGAUGUGAAGACAACCCCGGCCCAGUCCUCGCAAGAGGGAUGCGCGUGCUAG